GAUCACACAAAAACGCCCAGAUAGAUUAAUCCCGCCCUCGCAUCCGAACUGAAAAACGUUUCCAUCUUUUUCUCUUCCCUUUUCUAGGGUUUCGAGAUGAUCGCUGUCGAGUCCUUCCAUCCCGCAAUCCAUGGAAGAUUUCACUGCUCCCGCGGAUUGAGCUUGUUCCUGCAUCAAUCCCGGAGGUUCUAUCACGAUUCGAAUCGCUCCGCCUCCAAUCCCCCGCCCGUCGCCUCCUUGAAUUGCGGGCACCUUUCGAUUGCCCCGGCCGGCUCCGGCAAGUCGAGCCUGUGGGGAGCUUCUUCCCUGCGCAGUCACGGGCUGAGGGAUUCCAGAAUCCUGGCCAGCACUCAGGACGGCGACUCGACCGCGAGCCCGAGCGAGAAGAGCGAGGCCAAGGCCGGGGACGGGGCCGGAGUCAAUGUUAAUCAGAACCCGGGGACGGGUUCGAACAAGAGGAGGGAGAAGCAAGGGAAGGGGAACUGGUGGUGGUGGUGGUCUAAAGGCGGGAAGUGGCGGUGGCAGCCGAUAAUCCAGGCGCAGGAGAUUGGGGUCUUGCUUUUGCAAUUAGGGAUAGUUAUGUUCGUCAUGCGGUUGCUUAGGCCGGGGAUCCCGUUGCCCGGUUCGGACCCGAAAGCCCCGGUGGCUUACGUUAGCGUUCCGUACAGUGAGUUCCUGAGCAAAAUUAAUACUGAUCAGGUGAAAAAGGUGGAGGUCGAUGGAGUGCACAUAUUGUUUAAACUGAAGUCCGAGGCUAGCAGUGGAGAGAGUGAGGUGGGAAGUGUGAGUAGGUUGCAGGAGUCGGAGUCAUUGAUAAGAAGUGUGGCUCCAACUAGGAGAAUCAUUUACACUACGACAAGGCCUACGGAUAUUAAAACUCCUUAUGAAAAAAUGCUCGAGAAUCAGGUCGAGUUUGGGUCACCUGAUAAGAGGUCUGGCGGAUUCUUAAACUCGGCAUUGAUAACUCUAUUCUACGCAGCAGUGCUUGCUGGUCUUCUACACCGGUUUCCUGUGAGCUUCUCUCAGCAUACUGCUGGUCAGCUUAGGAGCCGCAAAUCUGGGGGUGGUGCUGGCACAAAAAUGUCCGAUCAGGGUGAAACAAUAACUUUUGCGGAUGUUGCAGGUGUCGAUGAGGCUAAGGAGGAAUUGGAAGAAAUUGUGGAAUUUCUCAGGAAUCCAGACAGAUACGUGCGGGUUGGUGCUCGGCCUCCCCGAGGUGUCCUUUUGGUAGGUCUUCCAGGGACUGGUAAAACACUUCUAGCUAAGGCUGUGGCUGGUGAGGCUGAAGUGCCUUUCAUAAGUUGUUCCGCUAGCGAGUUCGUUGAGUUGUAUGUUGGCAUGGGUGCCUCUCGUGUGAGAGAUCUUUUUGCACGGGCAAAGAAGGAGGCUCCAUCUAUUAUUUUCAUAGAUGAGAUAGAUGCUGUGGCAAAAAGUCGUGAUGGUAAAUUUCGCAUUGUCAGCAAUGAUGAAAGAGAGCAAACCUUGAACCAGCUGCUGACUGAGAUGGAUGGGUUUGACAGCAGUUCUGCUGUUAUUGUUCUUGGAGCAACCAAUCGCUCAGAUGUCCUGGAUCCUGCUCUUCGUCGACCUGGGAGAUUUGAUCGUGUGGUUACGGUGGAAGCACCCGAUAGAACAGGCAGGGAAGCCAUCCUUAAAGUUCACGUUUCCAAGAAAGAACUUCCUCUUGGAGAAGAUGUUGACCUCACUGUCAUUGCUUCUAUGACAACUGGUUUUACUGGGGCUGACCUUGCAAAUUUAGUGAAUGAGGCAGCUUUGUUGGCAGGUAGACAGAACAAACUUGUUGUGCAGAAGGCUGACUUCAUUCAAGCGGUAGAAAGAUCAAUAGCCGUAAAUAUGGCAUCAGUAAAUGCUACCUUCGCGUCGGUCUUGUGCAACAACGGCGGUCACUCUGCUGUAAAGUUUCCGAGCUCUGCCUUCCUGCCGGGAUUCGAUGCCUGGGGCCGUUCUUCGAGUGCUUGCAAGAAGGAAUUCUGUCCUCCUUCGAGAAGCUCGGGUCCCAAAGCCACAUUGACCUUUGAUCCACCAGCAUCGAAUUCUGAGAGAACCAAACAAAAGAAGCAUACACUUGACCCUGCCGCUCCUGAUUUUUUGCCCCUUCCUUCCUUUGAUCAGUGUUUUCCAAAGAGCUCAAAAGAAUACAGGGAAGUCAUUCAUGAGCAAACUAGUCAUGUACUGAAAGUUCCUUUCCGACGGGUUCACCUCAGUGGAAAUGAACCAGACUUUGACACUUAUGACACAAGUGGACCUCAAAACAUUAGCCCUCGUGUUGGGCUGCCCAAGUUGCGGAAAGAUUGGAUUGACCGGCGGGAGAAGCUCGGUGGACCAAGAUACACCCAGAUGUAUUAUGCUAAGCAGGGAAUCAUAACUGAGGAAAUGUUGUAUUGCGCCACUCGUGAGAAUCUAGACCCAGAGUUUGUUAGGUCUGAGGUUGCUCGAGGACGGGCGAUCAUUCCAUCCAACAAGAAGCACUUAGAGCUGGAGCCAAUGGUUGUCGGAAGAAAUUUUCUUGUAAAGGUUAAUGCUAAUAUUGGAAAUUCUGCUGUCGCAAGUUCCAUCGAGGAAGAAGUAUAUAAGGUUCAGUGGGCAACCAUGUGGGGUGCAGAUACGGUGAUGGAUCUCUCCACAGGUCGCCACAUCCACGAGACCCGUGAGUGGAUACUCCGUAACUCUUCUGUGCCAGUGGGGACAGUACCCAUUUAUCAAGCACUUGAAAAGGUGAAUGGAAUUGCGGAAGAUCUUAACUGGGAGGUUUUCAGGGAUACCUUGAUUGAACAAGCUGAGCAAGGGGUUGAUUAUUUCACUAUCCAUGCCGGGGUUCUACUCAGGUACAUUCCUUUGACAGCGAAGCGCAUGACAGGGAUCGUUUCUCGUGGAGGAUCUAUCCACGCAAAGUGGUGCUUGGCUUAUCACAGGGAGAAUUUUGCUUAUGAGCACUGGGAUGACAUACUGGAUAUCUGCAAUCAAUAUGAUGUUGCACUGUCCAUAGGUGAUGGUCUGAGACCUGGAUCAAUAUAUGAUGCUAAUGACGCUGCACAGUUUGCUGAGCUUCUGACCCAAGGGGAACUGACUCGUAGAGCUUGGGAAAAGGAUGUCCAGGUAAUGAAUGAAGGUCCUGGUCAUAUCCCGAUGCAUAAGAUCCCUGAGAACAUGCAAAAGCAACUCGAAUGGUGUAAUGAAGCUCCUUUCUACACUCUCGGUCCCUUAACAACUGAUAUUGCUCCUGGGUAUGAUCAUAUCACCUCCGCAAUUGGUGCUGCCAAUAUUGGGGCUCUUGGUACUGCACUUCUGUGUUAUGUGACGCCGAAGGAACACCUUGGACUUCCCAAUAGGGAUGAUGUCAAGACGGGAGUUAUUGCUUAUAAGAUAGCUGCCCAUGCAGCCGAUUUAGCUAAAGGUCACCCGCAAGCUCAAGCCUGGGACGAUGCAUUGAGCAAGGCAAGAUUUGAAUUUCGGUGGAUGGAUCAGUUUGCUUUGUCAUUGGACCCCAUGACUGCCAUGUCUUUUCAUGACGAAACUCUGCCGUCAGAUGGAGCUAAAGUUGCACAUUUUUGCUCGAUGUGUGGACCUAAAUUCUGCUCUAUGAAGAUAACAGAGGAUGUGAGGAAGUAUGCUGAAGAGCAUGGCUAUGGGACCGCCGAAGAAGCCAUUAAGCAUGGAAUGGAUACUAUGAGUGCUGAAUUUCUUGCCGCUAAGAAAACUGUCAGUGGGGAGCAACAUGGUGAAGUAGGUGGAGAAAUUUACUUGCCAGCUGACUAUGUAAAGUCCGCCGAGAGAUGAAGGAUCAUGUGAUAGGCGAUAUGUUUGGGGAACUUCAAGUAAUUGAAAAUGCAGCAAAAUAGACUUAUUGAGGAUCGCGAUAUGCAGUUUUAGUUUCAUGCUGUUGGGGUGUCUGAAUCUGCUCUAGCCUAGCUGUUGCUGGGAUGGGGUGGAUCAGGCUGAGAAAGUCCCUUUGAACCUGAACAGGGUAAUACCUGCGUAGGGAGUGUGCAAUUUCUUUUCGUUUUUUUGCAUGCUUCCACAGGGACAGAGCCUUUAGAAAUGGUUGGGGACAAGUUGAACCGUGCGAGAUGAACUUCCGCAGAAUAGCUCGCUCAUCAUUCCCGUGAGCAGGUAGUUAUAUAACAGGAAAUACCACAAUGUUCACUGCUUCAACCUGAGAUUAAUAAGCCCACAAGAGCUAAUUAUCUUGGGGAUACUUUUUUCAUCUGCCAAAUAACUGACUUUAUUGAGGUAAGAACGCAUUGUUUCAA